AGUGCGGGGCGCAGCGCGGAGCCCGCUUGGAAGCUGCAUCCCGCGCUGGGUGACCUCGGCGGCGGCCGCCCCGAUGUUUUCUCCCAGCCAGGAGGAGCACUGCGCCCCGAACAAGGAGCCCGUCAAGUACGGGGAGCUGGUGGUGCUGGGAAUUCUGAAGAGGAAGCAAGGUCACCCCAGAAAACCCUGCUACUUCACAUGUGACUUCAUGCAGUGUUUUCAGGAGAUAAGGAAGACUGUUUUAUUAACCUGUACUGCUGGUGUGGUGAUCAGGAAGCACUUCUGCCUGGAGAGAUAUCUUCACCUGCAGAGUCUGAGGUAUAAUGGCUCCCUCCCUAAUGGUGACAGAGGACGCAGGAAAAGCAGAUUUGCCCUUUAUAAGCGACCUAAAGCAAAUGGAGUUAAGCCCAGCACUGUUCACGUGAUUUCUACUCCUCAAGCAUCCAAGGCUAUCAGCUGUAAAGGUCAGCACAGCAUCUCUUACACUUUAUCCAGAAAUCAGACGGUUGUAGUGGAGUACACACAUGAUAAAGAUACAGACAUGUUUCAGGUUGGGAGGUCAACAGAAAGCCCCAUAGACUUUGUAGUGACAGAUACUAUUUCUGGGAGCCAAAACAACGACGAAACUCAGAUUACACAGAGCACCAUAUCCCGCUUUGCAUGCAGGAUUGUUUGUGACAGGAGCCCGCCAUAUACAGCAAGGAUUUUUGCAGCUGGAUUUGACUCUUCUAAAAACAUAUUUCUCGGUGAAAAAGCAGCAAAAUGGAAAAAUCCUGAUGGCCACAUGGAUGGGUUAACAACCAAUGGGGUGCUGGUCAUGCAUCCAAAAGGAGGGUUCACUGAGGAGUCUAAACCUGGAGUUUGGCGUGAGAUCUCUGUCUGUGGGGAUGUAUACACCCUCCGGGAGACCAGAUCUGCUCAGCAAAGAGGGAAACUGGUAGAAAACGAGACCAACGUCCUACAAGAUGGCUCCCUCAUUGACCUGUGUGGAGCCACCCUUCUGUGGAGAACAGCAGACGGACUGUUUCACACCCCGACUCAGAAACACAUCGAAGCUCUGCGGCAGGAGAUCAACGCUGCCAGGCCGCAGUGUCCCGUCGGGUUAAACACUUUAGCGUUUCCCAGUAUCAACCGUAAAGAUGUGGUGGAAGAGAAGCAGCCCUGGGCAUACCUCAGCUGUGGUCACGUUCACGGCUAUCACAAUUGGGGACAUCGCAGUGACACAGAAGCUAACGAGCGGGAGUGUCCGAUGUGCAGAACCAUUGGCCCCUAUGUGCCUCUCUGGCUUGGCUGCGAAGCAGGCUUUUACGUGGAUGCUGGUCCUCCAACUCAUGCUUUCACCCCUUGUGGACACGUGUGCUCUGAGAAGUCUGCAAAGUACUGGUCUCAAAUCCCUCUGCCUCACGGUACUCACGCAUUUCACGCUGCCUGCCCUUUUUGUGCAACACAACUGUCUGGGGAACACAACUGCGUCAAGCUUAUUUUUCAGGGUCCAAUUGACUGAUACCACUUUGCGGUGACCACCAUAACGUUUUGUUUAACAACUUACUGUGAAAACUUUGCCACUAACUCUAGAUUUUACCUUUUUUUAUAACGUUAUUAAUAGGGUGGUAGGGUGGGGAUGGGGAGCUGACGAAGGAAAUGGUGAGGAGCUGUGGUGGAGUGGGAUACGAUGAUACCUGGAACUCGACAGCUAUCAGUGGGGUUGCAUGCUCAAAAGCAGCGUAUUCACAAAGUCUUCUUGGUCAAAUUGUAGUAUAUUUGUAAUCUUUUUAUUAGUACCCUGGAUCAGAAAAAGAUGUCUUAAUGAUUUUUUUAAGCUAAGAUUUUUUAAUGGGGAGGUUUUUCUUCUAAACUUUGACAAGCCUUUAAAACCUAUUUUUCAAACCUAGAAGGAACGUACAGAAUGUAACUGUCUUUAAUUUGCAGUAUAAUUUAACUUGAAUAGUUUCUCAAGGAGCUAAAGCAGAAUGUGUGGACAGCCAUAGGUGAAUGUUCACUAGAGAUAAUUGGAUAUGUAAGAGAAAAAUUAGCUGCCUAAAUUGUAGAGUAUAAAUGUAAUUAAAAUAUCUAUUAUGGUAUAACACAGCUGGCCAACAAGGCAUCAAGGAUUACUUGAAACUGAGGAAAUCCUGUUUGCAUUGAUUUCUUUUCAGUGUAAUAGAUGUCCACUGCUCAUUAUGUGUAGUGUAUGGCUGGGUUUUGUUUUGUUCUUCCCCGUUUAACUUGCAUACGGUGAAACCUCUUUACUUUUCUACAUACAUACACCUGGUUUUAAGCCAGCAUUCUGUAUACGUGUAGUCUGAUCUCUUUAUUUCUGCUUAGCUUUGCUUGUCCUGACUGCGCCUUGCAUGCCCAGAGCCAUUGGGUUGAGAUGUAGCGAGCCUUGAAAAAUUGAAUCCAAGGAGGUGCAGUGCUACAGCACAACAGAAGGUUCAGGUGCAGUUGAUACAGAACCUAUUUACAUAGACCUGAAUUCAGGAAAGCACUUAAUUAACAUACAAGUAUAAUCCCAUGGGUGGGACUUAAGGAUCUAAGUGCUUCAAUGGAUUGUGGUUAUACACUGUUAUGGUUUGAAACAAUAAGAAAACAAAGGUUAAAAAUAAUUUAUCUAAGCUCAGUUGGUAGCCAGCAUGCUGUGAGGAGGAGAGCAUCCUUUCUGGUUCAGCUGAGUGUUUCUGUUCAGUUUUCAACUCGCUGCCAUCUGUCACCUCUUUAUGCAGAUUGAGAUGUGUUUGUAUCUUCUUUUUUUUAAAUGUUUGCAAGUCAAACAGCAUUCAAAUGUAAUCAAAUCCACGUAGCAGGGUGGUGCAUCUGAAGUGCAUCACUUGGAAUUCCUGACUUCUUAAGGGAGCUGAUAAAUAUUUACUAUGGAGAUAAUUAAAUCAGAACUUCAUACGAGAUGUACCCUGCCCACUGUUAGAGUCAUCUCAUACGGAAUGAGAGCUCCAAUUUGGUUUCUGCCUUUUGCUUUCUGUGCUCUUGGUAUCUGAGGUAUCAAUCCAUCCAGUCUAUAAAGAAACGAAUGGGAGAAAACUCACAGCAUCUCCAGAUUCACACUCAGUUCUGUUCAAUCAACUGUAGCUUUUUUGCUCUAUUUGCGCCCUUUGUAUAAACAGAUAAUUUAUAUGAUUUUAAUAUAUUCUGUAUAUAGACUUGAAUUGGCCUGUUCAUAUUUUGGUUGUAAAGUUAUUUUAUAGUUAACCUUAUGAACAUUUGACGUGUCCCCUGCCGGUGGUGGUGGGACAUGCUUUGUCUGCUGCUGGUUUUAGUGUAAUUUUGCUGUAUAAAUGUUCAGCAUUUUAAUGAUUGGAAAAUAGCUUUACUUUUUACUGCUUUUUGCUGUUUUUUUUUUAAAGAGUUUUGCUCUGUAGCAUUUUCUCUAAAAAAAAAAAAAAAAAGUCAAACUGUACAGUUUUGCCCCACUCAGUGAUUGGAAAUGGGAUGCAUCUUGUUAACAGAGAACGAUAUGCUUCUUCCUAGUGCCUUCUCAAUGAGACCCUCUUGUGAUUGCGUGUGCUGAGUCCUUACUCCCACAAGACAACCUUGUGGCUGAUCUUCAUCAAGAAUGGCAAUCCAACCAGGUGGAGAGGAAACGCCUUUGGCCUUCAGUUCCCCCUUCUGGUUUGUGUCAUAAACGUGAAGGUGCCUCUUCGCUGUUUAUAUUCAGUACGGGUUCCUCAGGUUCCAUAUGCAUAGUGCAGCAUAGUUUCUGUUUAGCAUAUACCUCAUCUGUGAGAGGCAGCCUCACCUCCACCUCAUUCCUGUUGGACUCGGAAAUACUUAACUUUGUUUCUCACAAGAGAUGCGAUGAAAACACACUUUCAGGAGAUGCUGACUGUUGAAUCCUGGCCGUGAGCUGUGUGUCUAUGCUGGGAGGCACAAAUCUUGGGUUCCAUGUGCAACAGCUUCACCAGCCUGGGGUGGCAACUGCCUUUUCCUGAGCUUUAGCUGAUCAGGUCAUGCAUGUCUCCUUUUGAGCCUAAAUGGAUGUAAAGCACAGGUUCCAAGGCACCUCCAUCAUCAUGCUUCACCUACUUCCUUUUCUGUUGCAGAUUAAUUGCUGCUUCAGGGCUUACAUACAGCUGUACCCUGUGCAAAGUGCAUGCACAGAGUUAGAGGAGCAUGUGUUGGAAGUGCCAGCACACCGCCUGGUCACUGUGUUUGGUGUGCAAUGGAAGGCAGGUGAAUGGUUUGUAUCUGAGGGACGUGUCCUUUUGGAAGGCUGUGAUAAGCAGAAUUUCUUUGCUCUCACUGUCCACAAUUCUGUAUGAUGAAAAUACUGCAGGAGGGAAAACUUCUAUCUAGGAAACAAACUUCAGCAGCCCCCACGUAUAAAUCCAGGUACUUUGCCAUGGUCAGUACUCAAAUCCAGGGUGAGUCCUACUGGGCUGGCUUUUCUGGGAAGGCAGAGGAGUUGGUAGCAUUACUUUCCUCAGUGCCACGUGUGCUGCUCUGAUUAAAUGCGGGGCUGCUCAGUUGCUUAUCCCAUUUCUCCUUCUCUCAUCUCAAUAACCACGCACCAUCCCAUUCUGCUAACUCAACUGGAAGCAGUAGCUUGUAGGCAAGCAAGACUGAUCCUGUUUGGAGAGACUGAACUUGAGAACCACGCUCAUACUUCGUUUGGGAAGCUCAUUUCAUGAUCUCAGUGUUGAGUUUCUUACAUACCAUUUCAAGCACUGGCAGCAUACUCUGUAAAGUGUUUUUUUUUAACCUGUUAACUGUUGACUCAAUUUGAAUGCUUCAGAAACAGCUUUGACUGCAUAACUUGAAAGUAUUUUUCUAGUCUGAUCUUUAAAACAGGAAAAAGUCUGUCAUAUCCACGCAUGCUGGAGCUGUAACACUUCUCUUUUUCCUGGCAGCUUCUUGGUAGAGUGCUGAAGUCUCAAUAGGCAGCUCAGUAGUGAGUGUUGUUCUUUUUUGAACCGUGGUCCAACUUGUACAAAAGAGUUAGCAUGAUACUGCAUUUUAAUCAAGGGUUUUUUUCCAAGUGUGGUCACUUUGUGCCUCUGGUACAGUAGUAGUACUGUACUGGCAUAGCAAUUAAAGGAGGAUUGUGUUUCUUGGGGAGGAUGGGAAUGGGACUGAAAGGAGACGAAAGCUGCUGUCGGACUGCUUCCAUGAACUGCUGUGCCAGGAACUGUGACCAUAACUGUUCUGCUUCCAGACCUGGUUCAUGCUGCACAAAGCACUCUCUUCUGUUAGGAAGCCCCACAAUAGAUUGGGAAGGCUGUGGUCUUCCUAGGAAAAUGCUGGAUGUGAACAUGGCAGUGCCUGGAGUUGAAGGAUUCUGCUUCAGAGACUGAGCAGGGAGUGGAGGUGCUGGGAUGGGGCUGCCCUGAACACCUGGGAGUCCCAUAGAGAACUGCAGCACACUCUGGAUUUACUCUUACUCCAGGAUGGACAGGUGGAGCCAUUGACCCAAGGGGCUGAGAGGCAGAAGUCUGUUGGGUGUUGGGGCUGAGUAGGUGUGGGCAGCCCAACUUCUGGAGUAUUCUGACUGGAGAUCCUUCCUUCCUACAUGUUUACUCAGUUUUCAGCCUCUUGUGAGUUCCUGGUUCCUUUCUUUCUCUACUUAGCUGCCUAGUUGCAGGUAAAUCAGUAAAUAUGGCUUGAAAGGAAGGCAAGGAAGAGAACUUAGAUGCCUUCAGGCUUGCUUCUUUUCAAGGCAAGCAAAGUGAAGUUACAAAUGUCUUUGAUUUUUUUUUUUCUCAAUAUUUGUAUUUCAUGAGCACUCUUCACAACCUUCACACUCAGUAUUGGUGAAUUAGAAGGACGAGCUCUGAAGAUGGGGCAGAUUUUGGGGGUGUGGGGUGGUUGCUGGGCUGAGAAGUUGCAGCGUGCAGACAGGGUCCCACUGACUGCAGCAGGGCACUUUUGGUGUUGAAGUCCCUUCUGCUUCCAUCGCAGUGCUUAGGGAUGGGUGCUGUGGGGUCAAACACAUGGUGAAGAGCUCCUGUUGCUGCCACGCAGCCAUAAGAACAGCCUCAGCCACACAGUGUGAAGGGGAAAUGUUCACCUCCCAGCGGCGUUAGCAGCUCGUAGACUUGUUGGGUGUGUUUGUAAAGCUGGUCUUUUCUACACUGUGUGAAACGAACUGAAGUGAUUCCUUUGCUGUUGUACCCGUGGAAGUACAAGCCAUUCUAUGGGGGGAGGGCUGGGGAAAACCUUCAGAAAAGAAGGAAUUAAAAUGUUAUCUCAGUAUUCUCAUCGACUCCUCCAGUUUUUUUUUUUCCCCUGCUGAUUGAUUGUCAGAGCUUGACUUGGAUAUGCAACACCGUAUGGGCAUUGAGAUGCUACCACUUCUCCUGCCCUCCUAUCCCCUCUCCUCUGUCCCACAGCAAACAAAACCCCACAGCUCUGAGGAUCCGUAAGCAUUGGAGGUACGGAGUGGAUCUGGGUGUGAGUGCCCUGAAAUUCCAGCUGAUGGAAACCCCUGGUUUUUAAAUGGAGCUGUUUGUUUUCAAUGCCAGCUGCCUUCUCACGGUGUUAACAUAAUAGCAAAAUAAAAGCAAUUUCCAGGAAUAAUA